AUGUUCUCCUCCAUUGCCAGCGCUCCGGCGAAACAAUCAGUUGGCGAAACUAUCGAUGUCUUAAGCGGCCGUCUGAGCUCAGCGACUUUAUUAGAGGACCGAAGAGCGGCCAUAUUGGGUCUACGAAGUUUUGCUAAGGAUUACCCAGCAUCUGUUGCUUCAGGUGCCCUACGAAGUUUGAUUGGGAGCUUGAGCAAAGACGGUGAAGAUGUUGACACGGUCAAGGUUGUGCUUGAAACUUUAUUAAUGCUCUUCAGUCCGAAUGAGGAUAGCCCCGAAGCUUCAGAGGAGAUUGCUCUUUGGCUUGCAGACGAGUUUACUCAGCGUCAAGAGAACAUCACAUUGCUCCUCGAUUUCCUCGAUACCAACGACUUCUACUCUCGUCUUUACUCUCUGCAACUACUUGCCGCUAUCCUUGCAGCUCGAACUGAACGAACCGAGGAGUGCAUUUUUACUGCGCCUCUAGGAAUACCACGACUGGUUUCUGUUCUCGACGACCAACGCGACGCUAUACGCAACGAAGUUAUCCUCCUCCUCACAUAUCUCACCCCAACAUCGAUCGAGAUCCAGAAGUUAGUAGCUUUCGAGAAUGCCUUCGAUCGACUUUUCUCCAUCAUCGAGGCAGACGGAGCCUUGGCUGAGGGCGGGCGCACCGUCGAGGAUUGCUUAAUACUUUUGGCGAAUUUGCUCCGGUCAAAUAGCUCGAACCAGUCGCUCUUUCGGGAAUCAGGCUGUAUCAAUCGCCUUGCGGAUCUACUAGGACGCGUGCUUAACCCUCAAUCUGAUGGGUCCGAGAUUGCUUCAUGGGCAACAACGCAACGGAAUCGCAAUGUCUAUGCCUUUCUGGCUGUCAUACGUCUUUUUGUCAUUCGGGGAUCGGCAGGAGCAAAUCUGAAUCAAUUAGCAAUCUGGAAACAUGGGCUCGCCCAUCAAGUUCUCCACCUGGCCUUCAGUCAUGAAGCUCAGACACAGAUCAAAGCCGAGGCUCUAGUUACUUGCGGAGACAUCAUUCGUCAAAAUGCACCUCUUCAGGAGGCAUUCGCCCAGAUGACGGUCUUGGCUCCUCUGAAUAAGGGUGGAGCGGUUGAUGGACAGGCAAACGAACAGGACAGAAUAUUCGUCAUUGACGGGUUACUAGACCUCACACUCUGCUCACAUGACCUUCAAGAGUUUGAUGUGCGGUUUGCGGCGGCUGGAUGUCUGGAGGCCUACUUCGCCAAUCAUUCGGCUGUCAAGUUGCACUUCCUUGGCAGGGCCAUCGAAGGCCAUCAAUCUGGCGCCAAUGAACCCUCUAAUGUCUUGACAGUUCUCUUGCAACCUUCUCCUGAAAUCAGUGAUCCAUAUCGACAGUGGUUUGCUGCCGUGCUUGCGUUUCAUCUACUACACGAAAAUCCAGAAGCAAAAGCAGCGGCUAUGAACCUUACAGAGGGUGAUUGUGAGGACGGCGAAGAGGUAGUCACUGGCAUACAGACUCUCACAGCACAUGUAAUAUCAGGCCUUCGUCGGAAUGAUGACCCUCGCAUUUUGGUGGGAUACCUUAUGCUGCUACUAGGAUGGCUUUUCGAGGAUCUGGAUGCUGUUGACGACUUUCUCGCAGAAGGGUCCAAUGUACAAAGUUUGAUCCAGGCUGUCUCGCAACCUCCAGCGAUGGGCGGCGGUGAACUUGUUCAAGGACUGUGCGCUAUGCUGCUGGGCACCGCUUACGAGUUUUCCACCAAGGAUUCGCCCAUCCCACGGGCAACCUUGCUUGGUAUCUUAACAUCUCGAAUUGAUCGAGAUCUAUACUUAGACCGUCUAUCAAGGCUUCGUAGCCAUCCCCUCAUGCGCGACUUUGAGGUUUUGCCUCAAAAGCUCGAUGUCUCUUCUCCUGGGCGAUUGCCUGAUGUCUUUUUUGACAGAGCAUUCGUUGAAUUUUCUAAGGACAAUUACAGUCGGAUAGCGCGUGCUAUCGAUAGGGAACCGGGUAUGGAGAUAUCUGUAGUCACUAACGGUAUUCAGAAGGGUGUUUCCAGGGAGCUGGUGGAUUCUCUUCGGAGCCAAGUUGAGGAAAAGCAGGAUGUCGUUAACGAGAAGCAAGAAGCGCUGGCUGCGCUUCAGAGGCAGCUCGUUCAAGAACAGGCUGAGCAUCGUCGCUCUAAAGAAGCUGCUGCCUUGGAGACGCAGCGACUCAAGACAGUUCAUGAGAGUCUACAAAAGAAUCACAGCGAUGAAUUACGAAAACUCCAAGCUCAAUUGGCUUCCAAAGAGAACGAUCAGCGGAAGCACAUCGCCCAGCUGCAGUCACAAUAUUCAGCCAAGGAAAAUGAAUACCAGAACCAGAUCGCUCAGCUGCGGUCACAACAGUCCACACAGGACAGCAAUCACCAGAAGCAACUCGAGCAGAUUCGGAAAACCGCAGAAGCUGAGGCGGAGAAGAUCAGACGACGGACAGAUGCUGAGAUAGCUGACCUUAAGGCAACUAUCAGCCGUCUGGAGGUUGACUUGAUGAAGUCUCAAAAAGAGCACAGUCUGCUUCAAAAACUACGCGAGAAGGACUUGGAUACGCAGAGGAAAAACCACGAAGCGGCAUUAAGCCAUCUCCGCGAGGAUAAGGAUAAGGAGAUAGCAGACGUCAAAGCACAAUCAGAUGCGCAAGAACAGAUGUACAAGAAAGAAACAGAGGAACUUGGCAGACGGAAGGAUGCCGACUUAGAAGCGGUCAAGAAACAGGGCGAGGACGAACUAGAGCAACAGAAGUCAAUGACCGUCGAGGCAGAGGAGAAAUGCCAGCGCCUUGAGAAACAACUGAGCGGCGGAGAUGCUGGAAUGAAGGAGAUGCAGGCCAGGCUUGAAAAAAUGGAAUUGGAAUUGUCAACAGCAAACAAAGCUAGGGAAGCAGCUGAGAAACAGCUGUCUGGAUCCAUAGAAGCAGCUAAAGUCGACGCCGAUAAACAGUUAUCAGAGUUGAGGGAAGCUAAGGAAACGACACAGUCAGAGCUCGACGAUCUUCUGAUGGUGUUCGGCGACCUGGAAGAAAAGGUGACAAAGUACAAGGCUCGCUUGAUUGAGCUGGGAGAAACUGUAUCAGAUGGUGAGGACGACGACGAUGAGGAUGAAGACGAGGAUGAUUCUGAUGCCGAUGGGUUUGAAGAGUCUGAUGAUGGGAGUGACAAGAAGCCGAAAUCAAAAAAAUAG